UGACGUUUUUACCAAAGGAGUUCAGAAAGUCCGUGAUUUUCUUUAUGCUGAUCGUAAUCACCUCGAUGUACUCUCUAUUUAACCAGUCCUGUUGAAUUUGUUUUUGAACAGCCUCUCCUGCUUUUGGGGCGGACAUUUUCAUCUGUUUAAUUGGUUAUUUUCAGUUUAAUUGGUUAUUUUUGUGUUGGUACCACUUUGUAGGGUUAAUUCUGGAUAUUUUUUAGGUUGGCAACAGUGUUGCUGAUCGUCGUAGAAAUCUCCGUUUUUCGGAGAAUUUUAUGGUCUGCGAAGAAUUUUUACUGUUUUACCCAACCUUAUGGUAAAAUUUGCUAAGAAUACAUUACAUUUUAAUUGUAGGUUGCGGAGAAUUUAAUAGAUAUUUAGUGAAUUUUGUUGUUGGCAACACUGCCAACUUGGCAACAAAAGUAAGGUUAUAACAGCUGACACUGUUAUUUUAUGAAAUUGUUUAUUUAAGGUUUUAUACUGUUGAUACAUUAAUUGAAUAUUGUAAAUAAACUUCAUACCAAUUAUUUAUAAUGAAAGAUAGUAAAGCAAUAUUAAAAGAAGCCCGUGAGGCUAUAAAAAACAAGGACUAUGACACUUCUUUAAAAUUAAGCAAGACUAUUUUAAAAGCCGAUAAAUCGAACUACAUGGCGUUGGUUUUUUUGGGGCUGUCCCUACAAGAAGUGGGCCCCAAAGACCAAGCCCCAAAAGCUUUUAAAAAGGCUAUACAAGAAUGUUCUGACAACCCCCUGGCGUGGAAUGGACUUAUAAAUUAUUACGAAAAAAAUACCGCUGAGAACUGCAAAAAAGAUCUUUUAGAAGCAUAUUUGACAAUGUUAAAAAUAGAAACGGUUGAUAAAAAAAUUGUAGAAUAUUGUGAAAAAAUCUUAAGUUUAUUAGAGCAUGGAGAUUUAGAAAAUAUAGCAAAAACAAUGUUUUCAGUUGCGGGAAAAGAAAAUCCUUCAGAAAAUUUAGUUUUCGGCGUUUUGGAAAUUUUGGUGAAAAUUUUGGAAACUUCCAAAGAACUAAAUGAGGAAUUAACAGAUAUAUAUGAAAAAAGUUUGAAUUUGCUACUUAAUAACAGAAAAUUCGCAACAUCAGAAAUAUACUCAGCUUAUUUGGCAGUUUUAAACAAAAAAGACAAAAGUUCAGAAUUAUUUGAAAACGCCGCAAAAAUGUACAGUAUUUUUAGUUCGAACACGAUUUCCUUAGUUUGGAUUUGUAAGGUUUUUAACAGGUGGUAUGUGGAAGAAGAUCAAAUUUACGAAAAUUACAAAAGUAAAGCCUUUGAAUAUUGCUCAAAGUUGCUAAAAAUUGAGCCCGAAAACACUAUGGGUUUGUUUACUAAAAGUAUAGAAUUUAUUGAGGAUGAUAAUACAAUUGAAGCAGUAGAAAUACUAGAAAAGGUGACAACUUUAAGGCCUGGAUUAAUCCAUGCAUGGUUUUUAUUAACAAAACUUUACAUAGAGUUAAAUUUGUUUGAAGUAGCCUUUCAUACUUUAACAAGAUCGGAAAAACUUUUACAAUCAAUUAAUUUUUCCAAUAAAAUAUUGAAAAAUCAGUUGGAUGUUAUGUCCUUAAAUAUUUUGUCAAGAUCACAGAAUAUGGAAGAUUGGGAAAAGGCUUUAAGUUUAUAUGAAAAAAUUGAUAAUAACGAAGUAAAAAAAAAAUGCAAACUUUUACAAAUAAGGGCCAAAAUCAACAUGGGAAAAUAUUCAGAAGUUCAAUCUGAUUUACAAGAAUUAAAAACGAAUGAGAAUUUAUUGAAAUAUACUCUACUGUAUGCAUAUUUUUUAUAUAAACAAAGCAAAUAUCAGGAAUGUAUAGAAUUUUUGGAACAAAAAACAUUUGAAGAUUCUGAAUAUUGGUUACAACUUGGUCAAAUACAUUUUGAAAAUAACAGCGAUAAAACUGCUUCGUUAAUGCCGUUCUUAAAAGCUGCCAAAUGUAGUCCAAAUAAUUACUUAUGUUUCCUACAUUUAGGUAAUUAUUACCAAAGCAUUAAAGACUUUGAUAAAAGUAGAAGGUGUUAUGAAAAAGCUUUUAAACUUAACAGCAAGUCUUCAGAGGCUGGUAUACAAUUAAGCAAAGUGUAUAUGGAAUUGAAAAAUUGGGAAGCAAGCAAACAUUUAUUGGAAAGUCUCACCCAAACCUCAAUCAACAAAAACAAUUCUUGGGCUUGGUUCCAGUUAGGUUUAAGUUAUUUGGAGCAAAAUGAAUAUGAAAAAGCCAUUGAUAGGUUAAGAUUUGUUGUCAGGGUGGAACAAGAAAAUCCACAUUGCUGGGAAGCAUUAGCAGAUUCCUAUUUUGCUAGAGGUUCUUAUACAUCUGCAUUAAAAUGUUACCAAAAAGCUUCUGAGCUAUCAGAGGAUACCUUUUAUCCUAGUUUACAGAUUGCCACCAUAAAACAAAUUCUUGGAGAGUAUGCCGAGGCCAGGGAAGAAUUCAGUGAAAUUCUUAAAGUUAAUCAAAAUGACGUUCUGGCUUUAAAAGGUCUGGCUGAAACUUGCAUGUGUCAAGCUAGACAUUGUUUAAAAGAACAGAGGUUAGGUACUGCCAGGAGUCAUGCGCAGUAUGCUUCAGAAAAAAUUACACAAGCAAUUAAAAAAAAUUAUGGACUAGUUAGUUUAUGGAAGUUAUUGGCUGAAAGUUGCCAAUUUGUUGCAAAACUACCGGAAAAACAUAGUAUUUUAUCUAUAUCUAAAUUUAUCUAUGAAGAAGGCAAAUCUGAAGGGAAUGUGUUUUUAGAAACUACCGAGUUAUUCAAGUUUGCCUUAAGAUGUUAUCGCAUGGCUAUUGCUUUACCUACUGAUAUUGAUUCAAGUAAAAGUCAUAUUGUACCCACUGUGUACGACUUGGCGGUUUGUUAUUUAAAUUACUCGCAAAGCGUUAGUAAAAAAGAACAACAAGAACUUUUAUUACAUGCGAAAUCUAAAGCGGAAUGCUGCAUAUCACAGGACGCCACCUCGUGGCAAUAUUGGAACCUUCUAGGAAAUAUCGCAAUGAAAUUUGAACAACCUAAAUUUGCGCUUGCGCAGCAUGCUUUUAUUAAAGCCGUAGAGGCGGACCAUAAUGCCGCAAUUUCUUGGUGUAAUUUAGGAAUUUUGUAUUUUUUAAAGGACGAUGUUAAGUUGGCAAACAAAUGUUUCGCCGAAGGCCAGAGAAGCGAUCCUAAUUAUGUUAACAGUUGGAUUGGACAAGCGUUAAUUGCUGAACGCCUAGGAAGACAAGAAGCAAUGGACUUGUUUAGGCAUAGUACGCAGCUUGACACGCAGCAACAAGGCGGCCUAGGCUACGGUCACUGGGUUUGUCAGACCCUGAUUGAAAGCAAACCUAACGAAAAAAUAUACUCUAUUCACAAUAUGCACGCCAUCCCAGUUGCAUGUGACGCCCUUACUUGGUACACUGAAAAAAAUCCUGAUAACAGCUGUGCCUGGAACAUGUUGGGCAUUCUAAAAGAACGCUUGGGGCUUCUGAAAGGUGCCGAAGUUGCUUUUAAAAAUGCCUACAGGCAAACUGACAAAGGCCAUAGAGAUCAGGCCAGGAUUAACUAUGGAAGAAUAUUGUAUAGAAAUGGAAAAUACACUAAGGCCAUAGAAAUGUUUGCUAAUGUGCAAGAAGCAACCACUAAGAGUGGUAGUGGGUUGGCCCUAGCAUUGUUUAAAGAUCAGCAAUAUGAAGAUUCUUACAAUGCAUAUGACCAGGCGUUACAUUGGUUAACUGAUGAAGAAGGCUCCCAAAGUGAUAUGCUUGUAGCAUUAGCAUCAAUGGCUUACAUGUUUCAGGGAAAAGAAGCUGCAAAAACCCUACUUUUACAAAGUUUGGAACUAAAACCUCCUUCUGUCUGGGGUUUAUAUUCAACCCUUUCCCUAGGAUUAUUACACAAAGAUAUAGAAUUGGCAACACUGGUUAUAUUUGAGUUGAACAAAUUAAAGGAUAAUAAGGAUUGUUUGAAGCACUAUUCUUUAUUGUUAUCUUACAUAUACUUACUUCAGGGCGAUUCAGAUCGAGCCUCUAUAGAAAUAAGCAAGCUUAUACAUAGGCACCCUGAUCAGGCCUCAGUCUGGUACACAUUGUCAGUACUUUUGGUGAGAACACAGGAAAAAAAGAAGGCCAAGGCAGCGGCCAAGUGCGCUAUAGUUGCUAUGAGGUUAGGGCAAACUACAAUGGAUGUCUCAAAGGUCUUGUGUUUGGUUUCAAUGGCUUCACUAACUGUCGGCGAUGUGAAAACAGCCAAAAUAGCAGCACAAAAGGCAGUUCAUUAUUAUCCCAACUUGGCUGACACUUGGGCUGUUCUUGCUUCAACUUUGAGCUGUCAAGAAAGCGACGGUAAAAAAUUGACCCUGAAUAUUUGCAAGCAUAUCGAAAACCUUGCACCCACUGUGCCACUUAAGGAAUGGACCAAACAAACUAUGUCAUGUGUUUGAAUUUUGUUUUAUUUGUUAACAAUCUUAAUUAAAUAAAAAAAUGUUUAAUUAAACAUACAAUUUUUUUACUAUUGUAUGAGUAUAUAAAAAACUUAAUUUAUGGUUAAAUAAAUAACAUCUUAGUUAAAAUAUU